CCGGCUCUGCAUGGCCCCGGCUGCUGACAUGACUUCUUUGCCACUCGGUGUCAAAGUGGAGGACUCCGCCUUCGGCCAGUCGGCAGUGGGGGCCGGGGGCCAGAACCCCAGUGCCACCGCGGCCGCCAUGGGCGCGGACGAGGAGGGGGCCAAGCCCAAAGUGUCCCCCUCACUCCUGCCUUUCAGCGUGGAGGCGCUCAUGGCCGACCACAGGAAGCCCGGGGCCAAGGAGGGCGCCCUGGCCGCUGCCGAGGGGGCACCCGCAGCGGGCGGCCCCGCGCAGACCCUGGGCCCCCGGCCCGGGUCGCUGGGCGCCGCGGACGCGCCUCCGUCGCCGCGGCCGCUCGGCCAUUUCUCGGUGGGAGGACUCCUCAAGCUGCCCGAAGACGCGCUCGUCAAAGCCGAGAGCCCCGAGAAGGCCGAGAGGACCCCCUGGAUGCAGAACCCCCGCUUCUCCCCGCCCCCCGCCAGGCGGCUGAGCCCCCCAGCCUGCACCCUGCGGAAGCACAAGACCAACCGUAAGCCGCGGACGCCCUUCACCACUGCGCAGCUGCUGGCGCUGGAGCGCAAGUUUCGCCAGAAGCAGUACUUGUCCAUCGCCGAGCGCGCCGAGUUCUCCAGCUCGCUCAGCCUCACGGAGACACAGGUGAAGAUCUGGUUCCAGAACCGCCGCGCCAAGGCCAAGAGACUGCAGGAGGCGGAGCUGGAGAAGCUGAAGAUGGCCGCGAAGCCCAUGCUGCCCCCGGCUGCCUUCGGACUCUCCUUCCCUCUGGGCGGGCCCGCCGCCGUGGCCGCCGCCGCCGGGGCCUCCAUCUACGGCGCCUCGGGCCCCUUCCAGCGCGCCUCGCUGCCCGUGGCCCCCGUGGGACUCUACACAGCCCACGUAGGCUACAGCAUGUACCACCUGACAUAGAGCGCCAGCACACCUGCUGCCAGCCACCCCUCUGCCUGGCCUGCGGCAGCGGGCAGCAGAUGCUGCCUGGCCGCUGGCUCCCCUGCCCAGCAGGAGCCUGGCCGCUCCCCAGACCCCCACACUUUGGGCUUGUCCUCCUUGCUCCCGAGCUAACUCUCUGCAGACUGUCCCCCCCACACGUGGCUGGAAGGCUCCUGUAGGGAUCUGGAAGCUAGCUCUGUGCCUCCUGUUGCAGAUGGGCCCAGAGGCCCAGAGGUUAAGAGCUGACCCAGGACCCGGCAGAGCUGGGGAGCCGGGACUGAGGCUGCCUCUCCUGCCUCUUGGCUGCCUCCUGGCCUGACAGCCACGUCUGGGGGAGACCCACGGGGCGCCUCUGGGAAAUGGAGCGCUCAGCUGGGCAGCCAAGGGAGGCCCUGGGCCCUGACUUGAGGAACUCCGCAGUUGUCUGGGGGCAGGGUGGAGGCACACAGAUAGGCCACAGGUAGGUUGCACAGGCCGCGCUCACCAGUCCCAGAAAAAAUUGUAAAAUAAAAUUUAAAAAUUCUGUUUCUAUUUAACAGUACAUUUGC